UGCCCUCGCGCUGGACUUGUGCAUGUUGACCACGCCCCUUCUGCAUUUCGGAGAAGAUGGCGUCGCAAGUACAGAGAGGAGUGCCUCUAAGUGCGGUAAGCAUAUCAUGAUAUUUGACACUAUCUAUAAUCUGUUGGGAUUUGUAUGUAGAAGUAAAUUGCUGUGCAGUAAAUUUAGAAGUAUGGCGAUAGUCUUGUUGGUUCGAUCGCAUAAUGUGAUGUAUGUUUUGGAGCUAGCUAACCAAUAUCCUUUGGGAAUGUUGAUUGCCGUUAGCGCGUGCGAUAUUGAUAACCCCCAGUCCCCAUACAAAGUGGAACAUCUUUUGAACAGCGGAGCUGGAUAUUUCGGUGUUGUCGUUUGCUAGAUAAAUACAUAACUAUUUCUGAACUUGGGGAAAAUAUAUACUUUGUAGAGGCGUUUCUCAUCAUCUCAUGUCAUGCGGUGUUGUUGUGGUGACGUGCAAUAUUUUUCUGUGUCACACACCGAGUAGCCCAAUGGCGCUCAUCCACUAUUGUCAAAAACGAGUUGCGUCGAGAGAUUCGGAAAUCCGGGAGAUUGAAUUGUGUUCAAAUCAAAGCGCCAGAUUGCCUAACGGGCGUGUUUUCACGGCGUUGUAAAGCAGAUGGCAACCACCACGAAACAGCGUAUGGGAACGUGAGCAGAUUACGUUGAAAACAACGGUCGGCCAUCUUGGACGCUGUCUCCAGUUCAUAGCUAUAAUAUAUACCCCAAUGAUUCCACUCCUCGGUCACAGUAUGGUUGCUGUUGCUGCAUCCAAGCUAUCUUAUUCCAUUCAAAUGGGGAAAUAGUGUCAAUUUUCACCGUAUAGCCAAUAAUGACCACAUUGGCCCGGACAUGCAUCUUAUAUCAUUUAAAACGAUCCUCUCCAUGUGACCUGGGGUCUGCUUGGGGAGGCUUCUGAAUCUACAGGCGUGUGUGUGUUUGAGAGGAGGGGGAGGUUGAAGAUGGAGAGGUUUGUGUGAGAUGAAUGAAGGCAGUGAGUAUUGGGUGUGCUUUUCACACUUUAAACUCACAGGUUGUGGGGAUGGACCCACGUAGGUUAAUCAGUCAGGACAUGUAGGUUAAUCAGUCAGGACAUGUAGGGUUGUCAGUCAUCUGGGAAUCAGUCAGGACAUGUAGGUUAAUCAGUCAGGACAUGUAGGGUUGUCAGUCAUCUGGGAAUGGAGUAGGCCUGAAAAAGAAAAGGAGAGCUGCACACUCUAGGAGCUCAGAUGCAAAAAUAUAAUAACCAGAUAACCAACGUUUUGACAGACAAGCUGUCUUCAUCAGGGUAUAAUGACAAACACUGUGGGUCUGUGUGUGUCCUUUGACACUAUAUAAACUAGUGACCCGGUGUGUGUGUCAUUUGACACUAUAUAAACUAGUGACCCGCAGUGUUUGUCAUUAUAACCUGAUAAACUUUGUUUAUCAGGUUAUACAAUUAUUGCAUCUGAGCUCCUAGAGUGUGCGGCUCUCCUUUUCUUUUUCAGGUGUUCUACUCCGCUAGCCAGCACCUCGCAUAAACAGAUGUGCGUUUCUUUCGCCUCCAAAUGGAGUAGACCUAAUAUAAUGCUUCCUGAAGGAGGUGGUAAUAUACCAAAUUUGAUCCAUUUAAUGUCAUCAACAUAGGCUAACUCUACUCCUCCCUUAACAGCUCUGUCCCAAGUUCCUCCACACAAACUCCACCAGCCACACCUGGCCCUUCAGCGCCAUCGCUGAAUUAAUAGGUGAGUCAUCAUCAUCAGUCGUACUGUCCAGUCGCCAAGUUAACCGGUGUGUCACCUGUCAUAUUUGUCCAAUCGCUGUGUCCAACUGUAAGUCAUUCCUGUCCAAUCGCUGAGCAUCAUGGUGUUAAAAUGGCUACUCUCAGAGGCAAUGUUCUGCACUCACUUUGUGACCUAUUUUAUCCUGCUGAGCGUUUCAUUUUUGGAUGGGAUUCUUUUCCCAUCCCAACAGUGUUUAUGGAUGGGUCUUCUUUGUCCCCUGGGGUAGACUUAUAGACUGACCCACAGCGGUCCCUGGGGAUGUCUGUUUUCCAGAGUAGGGUUGCAAAGGGAGGAAAUAUUCUCAGUAACUUUCAAAAUGUACUGUACUUUGGAAACGUUUGGGAAUUUUCAUAACAUGGAAUCUAACUUUUUGAUGUAUGCUACAUGUAACCUAUGCUGUAUGACACACUAAUGUGCAUGCAAAUGAAAUGUUCCAUGCAUGGGGAGUGCAUUUUAACACGACACACUGAAGAGCUUAAGAUCUCUGAACCCUACAAUGAGUGGGAAUAUAACCUCAUUGAUGUUCAAUGAAUAUCACUCUCAAUUCAAAUCACACUAAGGAAUAUGCUAUUUUCUUUCCCCUGCCAUGCCUUCCCCUCCCCUCCUAUACUCACUUCGCCUCUCUACCUUUCUACUACCAUUCCCCAGACUGUACUAAAAAAAGUUAUUGUUCUAGGCUGCUAUCGCACAUAAACUACUCAAGAUCGACAGAGAAUGCUAAAGCUCUCUGAACCCUACAAUGAGUUGGAAUAUAACCUAAUGGAAGCUCAAGGACUAUCACUCUAAAUCCCCUGUCUUGCCUCCUGGCCCCUCCUCUCUACCUUUCUAGCUUUCUCCCUUCUCCACUCUCCCAAGUUGGCAGUCAUGGAUGUUGCAUAUAAGAACAUUUUACCCUUGCUAAGAAAUAAUCCAUGUGCUAGGCUGCUCUGUCACAUAAACUACUCGAGAGCGUCAGAGAAAGAGGGAAUUCAAAUAUACGCCGUAAUGCCUCUCUGAUACCCUACAAUGAGUGGGAAUAUAACCUAAUGGAUGUUCAAGGACCCCUGCCCUCCUCGGCUCUCCUUCCUCACUUUUAUAAUAAUAAUAUGCCAUUUAGCAGACGCUUUUACCAGCUGCUCUACCAGCUGAGCUACAGAGGACCUUUUCCUCGCAUCUCCUUGAUUUGCUUUCGAAUUACGUCAUUGUGAUUAUACUUUUUUUUUCUUGAACCAUAUUACCAUAGUUUCUGACAAUUAGCCUACAGCAGUGUGUCUGGAUAAGGCACUUUAUCCCACAGGCUAGGCCUAUAGCCUAUCUCACAGCAGUCCUGUCCCUGGGGUGGUCGUUUUCAACAGACACUUUCAGCCUCCAUGAUGAUUAAUCCCGUUCCCUUAUCACGCGGCUCCAGGCUAACAUUUUCCCCUGGUGGCACUAACUUUUUCAGUUGGUGGCACCAGCCCAUAAUUUGGUUGCACCAUCCAAAUAAAUUCUUGCAACGUCACGCAAUAGAAAUAAUAGGAGUAAUCAUCUUAUAAAGUGAUUAUAAGGUCAUUCACAAAGCUUUAGUAAGUAGUGUGUAAUAGACUACUGAGAUGGUAUUCAAUAAAUAAGUUGUUACAUCUAACAAGUCUAAGCAGGAAUGCAUGAUUCAAGAUUUUUUGAUAUGCAACCUAAUCCAGUGAUUGUCUUGCAAUUUUUAGUUAUAUUUUCAUGUCAAAAUAGGGCGCCAGAAUGUUCUGUUUUUUUUUGUGAGAAUGUGAGAUGCUCGCUCAUUACAGCAGCUGGCCCCAGCGAAACAGGCACAGCGGGAGGGCAGACAGUUUCAUUAAAAGAAUCAUGAGUAUAAUGCAGUUUGCUGUUUAACCAAAUCAAGGUUUUAUUUGCCCCAAAAAUAGGACAUUUUGAUUGAGGUGACCAGGUAGAAUGUGUAGCCAAUUAAAAUGUAACUCGCACAGCAAGUCAUAGGGUCGACUAAAUGGUUGCAGUCUGGAGCCCUGCUUAUCAGUCAUUGAGCAAUGAGCAGUUUCUCAGGCAGGUCUCUGUUGCUGCAGUGCAGUCUGCCUGUCUGCAGUCUGUCUGCCAACCCAGUUUAGUAUUCAGCCUGUCACCAGAUACCGUCUCAGAUGUCCAUCACAUUUCUUUGCAUGUCUCUGCUACAGUUUCCUCCUAUCUCCUUCUCUUAUCUCCAUCUUUCUCUGUGUUCCAGUAUCUCACACUCUUGAUUUCCUUCCAUACCCCUCACUUUUCCUAACCCAUUCCACUCUUUCUCUCUCUUUCUACCUCUACCUGGAGCAAUAAAGGCUUAGGAUAUAGCAAUAUCUCUCAUCAGCCCAGUGUUUCCCAUCUAGCCAGUACACACACACUGCCAACCCCACCUCGCCAGUGUGGCUUUGGACAGGCCUUUGGAUUCAAGCCUGCUCCAGACAGAAUAAUGGAGAGGGGGGGAGCUAGACAAUAGAAGAUAGUAGUACAAAGAUGGCGGUAGGGAGGAACAUUUGAAAAGGAGAUGGCUGGAUGGAUAGCGGGAGGGAGGGAUUUUGAAGAUAGUUCUGGGGAGAGUGAGACCAGACCACAUGUUUGUGUUAGCUGAUGUUCCAGUAGUGUCUUGAAGAUGUUGCAUCUACAGCAGAGGCUGGGGUGGCAUCCUCUGUUACAGCUGUCAAAGGCAGCCUGUUGUAAUUGUCCACAUUGCACAAGCAACAAAGGAGGACAUAUUAUAUAUAUCACACUUUACAUUACACAGCUUUGAAUGUUAUCUGGGGUGUCUAAAACCCUGAUGCGUGGUAGUUUUCCACAGUAUUCGCAACACAGAUGGCAAUGUGGUUUGGCUUGGACUCCUAUGCUGGUUUGGCGUGGAUGUGUUGGCGUUGGGCAAAUGGCUUGGGUGGUCUGCUAUGGUGGCAUACACUAUGAAAGGGAUUCGUUAUUUGUAAAACAACAUAGUGUAAAAACAAUAUUUUGUCAAAUGUCAUUUCUAAUGUAUUCUGUUCAUAUUCCUCUAUGCUUACAAGUCCUCUAUUUCCAUGUCUUUCCCCAGAUAAUGCCUAUGAUCCAGAUGUCAAUGCCAAGCAGUUCUGGAUUGAUAAGACCCAGUUUAAAGGCCAAGACUGCCUCAUCUUCAUGGACAAUGGAAAUGGGCUGGACUAUGAAAAGAUGCACAAGAUGCUCAGGUAUGGACAGUUCUCUUAACCACUACCACUACUUUAGCAGGGUGAAUCAGGUUAGAUAAAAGCCUGGACAAAAGUCCUGCAGGGAACACCCCCUUCGGGACCAUCACGUGACGUCCUGGUGACACUGGUGAAUGUCCUGAGAACGUCCUGACCUGGUCCUCCAUGACAUCCAGGGAACUUACAGAAGUCCCCCAGAGAACGUUCCCUUGGGACCAUCAUGUAAUGUCUUGACGAUUGGAAAAACAAAUGUUCAGAGAACAUCCUGAAAAUGUCUAAAGGGACGUUCCCGGAACAAACCAGGGACAAGUAAAAAAAUAAAUAAUGUAUGCUGUGCUAUAAGAAUGCAAGUUUAUGAUUCAUGUACAUAAAAAAAAAAACAUUUUUCUCUAUCUUUCUCUCUCCUCAGCUUCGGUUACAGUGAGAAGACAGUCAUAAACGGCCAGCACCCGAUUGGUCUCUACGGUAACGGUUUCAAGUCGGGGUCCAUGCGUCUGGGACGAGACGCCAUCGUGUUCUCCAAGUCGCUAGAUGGAGACUCCAUGCAUGUGGGCAUGCUCUCCCAGAGCUACCUGGCACAGAUCAAAGCAGAGCAGAUCAUCGUACCCAUCGUCUCCUUCCAACGCGUCGGACUCAACCAGUAUAUCCUUUUAUAGAGAGACUAUACACACACACACACAUCAUAGUGCUUAAACUGUCAUCACCUUCAAACAGUUUGGACAGGUGGGAUGUAGAUCUAUAGAUGUACUUGUACACAGUGUCAUUUGAUAGUGCCAAUCUUAAAUACGGCUAGCUAUUUAGGUCUAUCGGUUGUAUUGUUCCUGUGUGUGUUGUCCUUGACUUCUGGUGCACUCCGUGUGAAUGAGAAGCACAAGGCCAGUCUGCAGGACAUCCUGUACUACUCUCUCUUUAAGACGGAGAACGAGCUGCUCACAGAGCUCAAAGCCAUCAACUCCACCUGCUCCACGGGCUCUUCAGGAACACGCAUCAUCAUCUGGAGCCUGCGCAGGUCAGACACAUACACACUUGAGUAUUUCUCUCUUACAGAUUCCAUAUAAGGACAUUUUCCUCUCUUUCCUUCUCCCUCAACUACGUGGAAUUGACUUUCAAAUGUCACUUCUCCUUUGAAAUUGCCACUCUCUCGGCCAUCAGAUUACUCCCUUGGUGGAAUUGUAGGUUUCACUUUCGCUUCCCCUUGAACAUAGUCAAAACCUAAAAUUCCACCAUUAGGGGUCAGCCCUGAGGCCCUUUUUGAAGUGUGGAGCAAGUAAAACCGUUGAGUAGGAGUCUAUACAGUAAGUGUUUAUUUUUGUCCACAGGACAUUAACAGGACAAACAGAGUUUGAUUUCACAACAUCCAGUUACGACAUCAGAAUCCCGUUGGAUGUCUUGGAGAGCACCAGUGAGCAAUACAGGCGGUCGGAGCUGCUCACAAAACCAGAGAGUUACUACUCGCUACGUGUAAGUAUUAGUAUAGUGAUGUUAUAUUGACGUUCCAUACAGCAUUUCACACAACAGAGCGUAGCUUUAGCUGGAUUGAAAUAAUUUAUCCUUUGACUAGUGCAGCAUUUUCCAAACUCGGUUUUGCCUAGCACUACACAGCUGAUUAAAAUAAUCAAAGCUUGAGUUGAUUAUUUGAAUCAGCUGUGUAAAGCUAGGGCAAAAGCCAAAAGGUGCACCCCUUGGGGUCCCCAGGACAGUGUUUGGAAACGCUGGACUAGUGUGUUAUCAUUUGUAUGUGUGAAAUAGCCUAUUUUAUUUCAUUUUUUUCUUAGUGUUGUAUUUUGAUUGAUUGUUGAUUUAUUUUUUUUAUUUUAACUUUAUUUAACUAGGCAAGUCAGUUAAGAACAAAUUCUUAAUUACAAUGACGGCCUACACCGGCCAAACCCGGACGACGCUGGGCUGAUUGUUUAUUGUAUUCUCUCAAUGUGUUGUUUGUGUGCUCAGGCAUACUGCAGUAUUCUGUACCUGAAGCCGCGUAUGCAGAUCGUCAUUCGAGGGCAAAAAGUGAAGACUGAGCUCAUCUCCAAGAGCCUGGCAUACAUCGCGAAGGACUAUUACAAGCCCAACUUCGUGGUAUCCUACCCCACCCAGGAGCCUCUGUGGAUGGCUUUACUGUGUGUUGGUGUUGUCACAUCCUGGAGACACUACUUCUGUUUUGUUUUGGAGGGAAAAUAGAAAUAGUCAAAUAUGGGUACUAUGCUCUACAUACAAGAAAUACCAUCAGUCACUGCCAUAGACACAAUGCUUUUAUAAGCUUGCAAUAAUAAUCAGUUACUUAUGUUUAACUAAUAUUAGUUCAAUACAUUCCAUAGCUAGAUGUUCAUGUUCAGCACAGUGAUACAAUAGGGUAUUUUUCACAAAGGGAAGAGGAUAUGUGUCAUCUGCUCUCCUUCCUGUUUGAGGCCUUAAGUCCUGUACCAGAACAGACGUAUUCCCAUCACCUUUGGGUACAACACCAAGAGCAAAGACCAAUACGGCAUCAUGAUGUACCACAAGAACCGCCUCAUAAAACCUUAUGAGCGAGUGGGCGUUCAACUCAAGGUAAAAGAGUGUAUUUGUAUGUUUGUGCGAGUGGAUUGUGCAUGUGCAUAAGAAAAAGUAUUGCCAUCUAUUGUGGUACUCUGAUGCCUUAUGUCCUCCAUCACUGACCCAUAACCACCUCUACCCCCGUCAGGCCAACAUCCAAGGUCUCGGGGUAAUUGGGGUUAUCGAGUGUAACUUUCUGGAGCCCACCCACAACAAGCAAGAUUUUGACAAUACCGACAAAUACAGGUAAGGACUCUUACCACAUAUAGGUGAGGAGGAGAGUGCUCCCUUCAAGAACACUUCCUGAAGAACUGUUUUCCACUCAAUGAAACAAAACAAUCUGACUAUUUUGCAGCUAUCUGCCCACACACUUUAAAGAUAGUGUACUUUCAAUAAUUUAGCUGGAUAAAUCAGCACUAUGUAAACUGUCAUUGUUUAUUUCUUAUUUUCUUUGUGCAGGAAAACCAUCAACAACUUGGGGGUAAAGCUGGAGGACUACUGGAAAGAGAUCCGCUUUAAAAGAGACAAAGAAGAUCCUAACAGCACCGUACCAGUGGAAGACACCAUGUAAGUAAAACACUCCUCCGUCUUCCUUUCUCCUUUCCUCUUUGUCUCCGUCCCUCCUCUAACUGGUUCUUCUGUGUAUCUCUAUCCCCAUAGGAAGCGCCCGGACCAGAACUGGGUGCAAUGUGACACCUGCCUGCGCUGGAGGAAGCUGCCAGAUGGGAUUGAUUGCAGACUGCUCCCAGAGAAGUGGUUCUGCCACAUGAACCCCGACCCCCAGUUCAGGUGUGUCCCGAACCCACCUAGAUCAAAUGAACAUGCUUAUAACAUGUUUUGUGGGCCCCCUCGGUCUUUGUUUGUGUGCAUGUCUACUUGCCUAACGGAAUGUACAGUGCAAAAGUAUUCAGACCCCUUCACUUUUUUCACAUUUUGUUACGUUACAGCCUUAUUCUAAAAUUAAUUAAAUUGUUUUUUCCCCCUCAUCAAUCUACACACAAUACCCCAUAAUCACAAAGCAAAAACAGGUUUUUAGAUAUUUUUGCAAAUUUAUAAAAAUAAAAUAAAAGACGGAUAUAUCACAUUUCCAGAAGUAUUCAGACCCUUUAGUCAGUACCUUGUUGAAGCACCUUAGGCAGCGAUUACAGCCUUGAGUCUUCUUGGGUAUGACACUUCAAGCUUGGCACACCUGUAUUUGGGGAGAUUCUUCUCUGCAGAUCCUUUCAAGCUUUGUCAGGUUGGAUGGGGAGCGUCGAUGCACAGCUAUUUUCAUGUCUCCAGAGAUGUUCGAUCAGGUUCAAGUCUGGGCUCUGGCUGGGCCACUCAAGGAUAUUCAGAGACUUGUCCCGAAGCCAGUCCUGCGUUGUCUUGGUUGUGUGCUUAGGUUCGUUGUCCUGUUGGAAGGUGAACCUUCGCCCCAGUCUGAGGUCCUGAGCACUCUGGAGCAGGUUUUCAUCAAGGAUCUCUCUGUACUUUGCUCCGUUCAACUUUCCCUCGAUCCUGACUAGUCUCCCAGUCCCUGCUGCUGAAAAAUAUCCCCACAGCAUGAUGCUACCACCACCAUGCUUCACCAUAGAGAUGGUGCCAUGUUUCCUCCAGACGUGACGCUUGGCAUUCAGACCAAAGAGUUCAAUCUUGAGAAUCUGGUUUCAUGGUCUGAGAGUCCUUAAGGUGUCUUUUGGCAAACUCCAUGCGGGCUGUCAUGUGCCUUUUACUGAGGAGUGGCCUCCGUCUGCUCACUCUACCAUAAAGGCCUGAUUGGUGGAGUGCUGCAGAGAUGGUUGUCCUUCUGGAAGGUUCUCCCAUCUCCACAGAGGAACUCUGGAGCUCUGUCAGAGUGACCAAGGCCCUUCUCCCCGAUUGCACAAUUUGGCCGGGUGGCCAGCUCUAGGAAGAUUCUUGGUGGUUCCAAACUUCUUCCAUUUAAGAAUGAUGGAGGCCACUGUGUUCUUGGGAACCUUCGAUGCUGCAGACAUUUUUUGGUACCCUUCCCCAGAUCUGUGCCUCGACACAAUCCUGUCUCGGAGCUCUACAGACAAUUCCUUCGACCUCAUGGCUUGGUUUCUGCUCUGACAUGCACUGUCAACUGUGGGACCUUAUAUACACAGGUGUGUGCCUUUUGCAAAUCAUGUCCAAUCAAUUGAAUUUACCAUAGGUGGACUCCAAGUUGUAGAAACAUCUGAAGGAUGAUCAAUGGAAACAUGAUGCACCUGAGCUCAAUUUCGAGUCUCAUAGCAAAGGGUCUGAAUACUUAUGUAAAUAAGGUAUUUCUGUUUUUUAUUUGUAAUACAUUUACACACAAAAAACAACCAGUUUUUGCUUAGUUAUUAUGGGGUAUUGUGUGUAGAUUGAUGAGGGACAUUUUUUAUUUAAUCGAUUAUAGAAUAAGGCUGUAACGUAACAAAAUGUGGAAAAAGUCAAGGGGUCUGAAUACUUUCCGAAUGCACUGUAUGUAUUUGUAUGUGUGUACCAGUGUGUGAUGUUGCCAUGGCAGUAUAUGGGCAUUCAUUAUCAGCUGCCUUUUCCAGGAGCUGCAUGGUGGAGGAAGAGCCUGAAGACUCUGAUGAUGACCAACCUUCAUACCAGAAAACCUACAAGCAACAGUGAGAAUCCAACCAUAUACUGUAGAAUUAAUGCUGCAUCUAAAGAUAUUUUGAAUGCAUAACUGAACAUCUAGGCUAUUUGCAGAUAAUUGACCUUGAGGCUGAAACAUGCAUCAUUAUUUUGUCAAUGUAUGGAGUGAAAAACCAACGUUAGGCCUUCCGCAAAAUGCAGGUAAGAUUGAUAAUAGUGCUUUGUGUGAUUUGUUGAUGGAAGCAAAAUAAUCCUGACAUAUUUCUGAUGCUGGUUCGCGGCACAAGUUGCUUGUGUUGUCAUUAUGCUGCGAGUUUACCCGCCACAGUUGUCAUGUUUGGUAGUAGCCAGGCCAUUUAUUCUAGUGCAAAACAUUUGAAUUCUACCGAAGGUUUAGCUGGACGCAGAUAAAGAAAAAAGAAAAAAACAUGUUGCACAAAUGGCUGACAACCGCGUGUAUAUGUUUAGACUUACUUGUUUUCAGAAUUUACUAUCAAACGCAAAGUAGCUAGCUGGCAUGCAUAGUCACCUUCGUGCUUGAAGUUGAGUGUGAAAUCGCACGUGCCUAAAAAUAAGGACGAAUGAGCAGGUGUUCAGAUUAGAAAAGUCUAAAACCCAAAGAACUAGAAAAGUACAUUUCCUGAAGAAAAUGUGGUGUGGUUGCUAGCUUGUUUUAAAGUAUUUAUGGUUUUGAAAUAUGUAUAGUAGUGGUAGUGUCUGCAGUAGUAAUGGUGGUGACUGGUUGUAGUUGAAAAAGUAGGUAGAUGGAAAAAUGGAUUGGCUGAUUGAUUAAUUGAUUGGAUAGGAUAUCCUGAACAUGUUAAAGUUGGUUUGGUGUCUUUAGGGAAGAGGGACCCACUGGCAGGAGAAGGGCACCCAUUCCCUCGGAGCACAUCUGUCCCCAGGGGGAUACACAAGUCGAGUCAAUAGUUGAAUUUGAAUCUACUUGAAGUUAUGAACAAAGCAAAUUGAUAAAAUUUGCAGGAAACGUUCAUGACAUGAUUUUGUCUGAUUUACGUACACAGGGUUGUGUGAAGAUUGUGGCUUAUCCUUCAGACCUGUUAGGAAAGAAAAGUCUGUGUCAAAUACUGGAUGUUCAAAUACUAUACUUUGAGGGUUUUCUCUAGCCUGCCUGGAGUGUCAGAUGGUCAGAUUUGCAAUUUUGGGACUAUUCUAUUGGUCCAGUAAGCCAGGCAAGCUCAGUCAAGCAAAAAUAAAGUGUAUGUGUGUGGGUACAUGUAGUGAUUCACACUUGUAUCCCGAAGCCCUGGGCAAACGCAACACGCAACCAUUGUUACAUUUUAUGGAGAGUCCUGCAUGGGCAUGACAUUUUAGCGCAAGCCCUACCCAUGCCGUUGACGUUCAGGCCCUACCCUACCCAUGCCGUUGACGUUCAGGCCCUACCCAUGCCGUUGACGUUCAGGCCCUACCCUACCCAGGCCGUUGACGUUCAGGCCCUACCCUACCCAUGCCGUUGAGGUUCAGGCCCUACCCUACCCAGGCCGUUGACGUUCAGGCCCUACCCUACCCAGGCCAAUUGCUCAACCCGAAAUUAGAAAUAAAGUAACUUCCUUUGUUAGUAUCUAUAGCUGAUUGUCUUUGUCUGUCCCUCGCUCCCUGCGCUGCCCCAUGCACUGUGAGUAUCCAGAGUAAUAGCUCCGUUUGGGCUGCUCAAUGAUGAGACAUGAGAAGCUGACGUUAGCUAGCUACUUUUCGUCACUUUAAACAGCUGUAACUUUUUUUAUAUUAUUAUUAUUUACAGCUGUUUUGGGCCUCCCGAGUGGCACAGUGGUCUAAGGCACUGCAUCGCAGUGCUAGCUGUGCCACUAGAGAUCCUGGUUCGAGUCCAGGCUCUGUCGCAGCCGGCUGCGACCGGGAGACCCAUGGGGCGGCGCACAAUUGGCCCAGCGUCAUCCAGGUAGGGGAGGGUUUGGCCGGCAGGGAUAUUCUUGUCCCAUCGUGCACUAGUGACUCCUGUGGCGGGCCAGGCAUAGUGCAUGCUGACACGGUCGCCAGGUGUACGGUGUUUCCUCUGACACAUUGGUGCGGCUCGGCUGGGUUGUGUUUCGGAGGACGCACGGCUCUCCACCUUCGCCUCUCCCGAGUCCGUACGGGAGUUGCAGCGAUGGGACUGUAACUACCAAAAAUAAAACAAGAAAAAACAAGAAAUGUUUUGCAUUGUUGCAUUUAGAGUGAAUGGAAUGUUGAAAGUGGUGUCACACUGGGACCUUUAGAAUGUUGAGGAAAUCCCAUGGAAGUGGAUGGAGGACAAAAAUAAGGACAAAAAGCUUACAGUUUAAAAAGUAUAAAAGAUGUCAAAAAGUUGUAUGUAAGCAACUCAAUCCAAACGGUGUAAGAGGAGUAGCGUGCAGAAGAAGAAGUAUGUCGAAGAUUUAAAGUGGGGACUCAUGCUUUAAGCCCCUCUAAUAAUAAGACUAUGAGAGAAAUCUGGAGUUGUGCAUUGCUUUCAGCAAGCACACCUAACUGUUGACUUGACAGAUUUUGGAAAACAGUAGGAAAGGAGUUAACGUUGUACAGUCAGGUCCAUUAUUGGCACCCUUGUAAAGAUUAGCAAAAAAUUAUGUAUAAAAUAAAUAAUAUAAUUACUGAGCUAUAUUGUUUUAUUAUUUUAUAUCAAUACAAAUAAUUGUUCAGAGAAAGAGAUUUUGUUUAACAACUAAUACAUUUUGUUCUAAAAAAUCUACACUACCGGUAAAAUAUUUUAGAACACCUACUCAUUCAAGGGUUUUUCUUUAUUUUUACUAUUUUCACCUAGUAACCUUUCGGUUACUGGCACAACGCUCUUAACCACUAAGCUACCUGCCGCCCUAUUUUGAUUUGUUUAACCCUUUUUUGGUUACUACAUGAUUCCAUAUGUGUUAUUUCAUAGUUUUGAUGUCUUCACUAUUAUUCUACAAUGUAAAAAAUAAAGAAAAACCCUUGAAUGAGUAGGUGUUCUAAAACUUUUGACCGGUAGUGUAGAUGUCAAAACUAUUGUUACCCUUUAAGAUUCUUAAUUAAAUCUGCAUUAACAGGCUACUUUUUAAAGUUAAUCUCAGUUUAAGGAACUGUAUUGUGGCCUUCCAUGGCUUCCUGUUUCACUGGGGUAUAAAAAUGAGGUAACACGCAUGUCAUCCAUCACCAUGGGAAAAGGCAAAGAACUCACAAUCGAAAAGAGACAUACAUGGUUGUUGACCUUCAUAAAUCUGACAAUGGCUAAAAAUAAUUUUGAACCCCCCAAAAAAAUACAACCUACCACUAUUAGGGCAUCAAUUUAGAAGUUUAAAACCGCUGGAACAGUGGUAAACCUGCCAGGUAUUGGACGCAUGUGUAUCUUGGCCCCACGCACAGUGAGGAAGAUGGUUCGGGAGGCAAAUAAAAGAGCCAAAGGUGGAGAAUUACAGGACUUCAUCGCAUCAACGGGUCGCCAAAUCUAUAAUUAGACGCCACGUCCAUGCCAAUAGGCUCCUUAGAAGGGUUUCCAGAAAAAGCCUUUAUUGAGAGCAACAAACAAAUGUACAUGCCUAGAGUUUGAUAAACGCCAUUGGCACUUCGAUUUGAACCGGUGCUAUGGUCAGAUGACAUGAAAAUAAAGCUCUUUGGCCAUGCACACCAGUCAGUGGUGGGUUAGGCGUCAAAAUAAGGAUGCAUAUGCAGAACAUAACCUCAUACCUACUGUAAAAUAUGGUGGUGGAUCUUGACUAAAAUGUAAAUGUUAUGGGGCUAUUUUGCUUCCACUGGUCCUGGGGCACUUGUUAAGGUCAACAGCAUCAUUAACUUUACCAAAUACCAGGACGUUUUAGCCAAAAACCUGGUCGGCUCUGCCAGGAGGCUGAAACUUCGAGGCCACAAGUGGAUCUUCCAGCAAGACAAUAACCCCAAGCACACAUCAAAAUCCACCAAGAAAUUGUCACAAAAUCAACAUUUUGCAAUGGCCAUCUCAGUCCCCUGACUUGAACCCCAUUGAAAACCUUUUGCUCACCUUUAUCAAGGGUGCCAAUAAUAUUUUACCUGAUAGGCUAUUCCAUAGAAUGUGUAUGAUGUCAGCAGGUGAGAGAUUAAUGCAAUUAUGGCUUUUCAUUUUCAAUUAAAUCAAAUCUCAAUGGUGCCAGUGUUAUUUUCUUAAACAUUGUUUUCUAUGUCAGUCAAUCUGUGCUCUAUUUCACAGUGAAAGGAACACCAAAAUGCAGCAGGAGUGGAAACGACAACAGGUUAGCUAUUUCUGUGUCCGUCUGUGUAUGUGUCACACCCUGGUUCAUGCCUACCGGUAUGUUAUGGCCAUACAUGUUUUGUUCUACCUUAUAUGUUGUGUACCCUGCCCAAACUACCCUGUUGUGUAUGUCCUAAUGCCUGGCCCUGGUGUGUGUGUGUCAGUAUGAAGAUGAGCAGAAGAAGUCAGAGCGGAUGCGGAUCGCGGCGCUGGCUCGGCAAAACGAGGCUCUGAGGCGCCAACAGGAGGACCUGAAACUGCAGCUUAUAAAGACAUCGGUGGGUCUAGCUAUGUCAUAUAGCAGCGCCUAGUACAGAGGCCAGGAGGACUAGCUAGUUGAAUAAAAACAGCCAAUACGAAGUCUUCCUACUCAUGUCCUUCCCUUCCUCUGUCAUGUGUAGAGCUUCAGGACAGCUGUACAGAUGUCUCCAGCUGCUGCUCCCCCCACAGUCAGAGUUAAUGUGAAGGCACCACUGAGCUCUAGGGCUUCCACAGCGUCACCACUCAGUGCAAGGCCCAGAUCUUCUCCUCUCAGGAUCUCUCCCCUCACACAAUCAGGUACGUCUACUGGGAACUGCGUGUGUUAUGUUGAUGGCGAUGUUUCUGAUAAUGUAGGUGUUGAUAUAAAUGUACAGGGGGGAAAAAAGUAUUUGAUCCCCUGCUGAUUUUGUACGUUUGCCCACUGACAAAGAAAUGAUCAGUCUAUAAUUUUAAUGGUAGGUUUAUUUGAACAGUGAGAGACAGAAUAACAACAACAAAAUCCAGAAAAAACGCAUGUCAAAAUUUUUAUGAAUUGAUUUGCAUUUUAAUAAGGGAAAUAAGUAUUUGACCCCUCUGCAAAACAUGACUUAGUACUUGGUGGCAAAACCCUUGUUAGCAAUCACAGAGGUCAGACGUUUCUUGUAGUUGGCCACCAGGUUUGCACACAUCUCAGGAGGGAUUUUGUCCCACUCUUCUUUGCAGAUCUUCUCCAAGUCAUUAAGGUUUCGAGGCUGAUGUUUGGCAACUCGAACCUUCAGCUCCCUCCACAUAUUUUCUAUGGGAUUAAGGUCUGGAGACUGGCUAGGCCACUCCAGGACCUUAAUGUCCUCCUUCUUGAGCCACUCCUUUGUUGCCUUGGCCGUGUGUUUUGGGUCAUUGUCAUGCUGGAAUACACAUCCACGACCCAUUUUCAAUGCCCUGGCUGAGGGAAGGAGGUUCUCACCCAAGAUUUGAAGUACAUGGCCCCGUCCAUCGUCCCUUUGAUGCGGUGAAGUUGUCCUGUCCCCUUAGCAGAAAAACACCCCCAAAGCAUAAUGUUUCCACCUCCAUGUUUGACGGUGGGGAUGGUGUUCUUGGGGUCAUAGGCAGCAUUCCUCCUCCUCGAAACACGGCGAGUUGAGUUGAUGCCAAAUAGCUCGAUUUUGGUCUUAUGUGACCACAACGCUUUUCACCCAGUUCUCCUCUGAAUCAUUCAGAUGUUCAUUGGCAAACUUCAGACGGGCCUGUAUAUGUGCUUUCUUGAGCAGGGGGACCUUGCGGGCGCUGCAGGAUUUCAGUCCUUCACUGCGUAGUGUGUUACCAAUUGUUUUCUUGUGACUAUGGUCCCAGCUGCCUUGAGAUCAUUGACAAGAUCCUCCCGUGUAGUUCUGGGCUGAUUCCUCACCGUUCUCAUGAUCAUUGCAACUCCACGAGGUGAGAUCUUGCAUGGAGCCCCAGGCCGAGGGAGAUUGACAGUCCUUUUGUGUUUCUUCCAUUUGCGAAUAAUCGCACCAACUGUUGUCACCUUCUCACCAAGCUGCUUGGCGAUGGUCUUGUAGCCCAUUCCAGCCUUGUGUAGGUCUACAAUCUUGUCACUGACAUCCUUGGAGAGCUCUUGGGUCUUGGCCAUGGUGGAGAGUUUGGAAUCUGAUUGAUUGAUUGCUUCUGUGGACAGGUUUAUUUUAUACAGGUAACAAGCUGAGAUUAUGAGCACUCUCUUUAAGAGUGUGCUCCUAAUCUCAGCUCGUUACCUGUAUAAAAGACACCAGGGAGCCAGAAAUCUUUCUGAUUGAGAGGGGGUCAAAUACUUAUUUCCCUCAUUAAAAUGCAAAUCAAUUCAUAACAUUUUUGUCAUGCGUUUUUCUUUUCUUUUCUUUUUGUUAUUCUGUCUCUCACUGUUCAAAUAAACCUACCAUUAAAAUUAUAGACUGAUAAUUUCUUUGUCAGUGGGCAAAUGUACAAAAUCAGCAGGGGAUCAAAUACUUUUUUCCCUCACUGUAUGUAUGUCUCUCUUCAUAGGGACCAGCCCUUCCUCCAACCACAUGCCCAUCAUCUCUAGCGUGUGCUCUCUUUCAACCCCUCCAGCCCCUUCAACCCCUUCAAGGUAGGCCCACUGUCUUGAGUGGUUUUCUCUCUUCUCUUGUAUGCUCUCUCUCUCUCUCGUAGUGUUUGUACGACAUAUCAUUGCCACAAGACACAUAGAAAUUCUGUCAAUAGUCAUUGUUAUUAGUUCAUUAGUGCAUAAUAAGCCCCAUACCCUCUCUGUAGAAUGAAGAGAACAUUGGCAAUGACCUCUGAAAGGGACACCAAAAGACCCAGGGUGAACGGUUUCCACCAAAACACCUCUAUGGGGACUGCAUCAACGGCGGCAGAGACUAAUGUGUCAUCCCCGUCAGUCAUCAUCCCUAUUGACGAUGACGAUGAUGAGAUCACGGAUGACGAUGACAUUGUUAUCUUGGAGACCAACAGCACCCCUAUUCCAAAGAAGGCAACCUUUGACAUGGCCAAGGUAAAGUCAGAGAGUAGGGCCGUGGAAACACCUUCUGGCACUGGCAACGUUAAGACCAAUGGCAUAGGAACAAGCUCCAUGGAGACGGGAACCGCAGCGACCAACCCCUCCCCUCCACCACCUCCCUCAGAGCAGAUGAGCAUCACCACCCAGACAGACAUACGGGGCGAAGUGAAGGAUGAAGAGGAGGAGGAACGAAAGAAAAGGGAGGAAGGAGAGAAGGAAAGGGAGAAGGAGAGAAUAGAGAACCGGACAAAAGUGAAGAACAAAAAAGAGGACGACAAGAAGAAGAGGGAGAAGGAGGAAAGAGAGAGGAAGAGAACAGAACCAGGCCCAUCCACACCAUGCCCAUCCACACCAGGCCCAUCCUCUGCAGGCCCAUCCACACCAGGCCCAUCCACACCAGGCCCAUCCUCUGCAGGCCCAUCCACACCAGGCGCAUCCUCUGCAGGCGCAUCCUCUGCAGGCGCAUCCUCUGCAGGCCCAUCCACACCAGGCCCAUCCACACCAGGCCCAUCCACACCAGGCCCAUCCGCACCAGGCCCAUCGUCUGCUGGCCCAUCAGCCCCAGACCCAUUAGACCGUCCUCUGAUUGACUUCCGUAACCUGUCGGAGGCCCAGGAGCAGCAGGACCAGCUGCUGGAGCUCAUGCAGGCUGCAGCCCAUGAGAGGGACCAGUUCAAGGAGCAGGUCCACAAGCUGACCUGCCAGCUCCAUGACCUGGAGGGCAGCAUGCAGGAGCUCUCCCAGGCCGCUGUGAAGAGAGAGCAAUGCCACCAGGUCUGUCAGACUGGAGCAGGGGGUGGAGAAGGAGAGCAGGCGGAGGGGAGGAAGGUCAGUGACCAGCUGGCUGUACAGGUGGACACUCUGCUCCAGGACCUCAGCAACGCCAACUGUGAACGUGACAUGCUACGCUCCCAGGUGAGUGGACAUUUUGUCCCCCUGCCUUUAUAGAUAUGCUGUUGAUAUUUUACCGUACCAUGAAAAAUACUGGAUUGAUGGAAACCUGAUGUACCAGGUGUGUGUAGGAUGAAGAGGUGGUGAUGGGGCAAUGUACCAUGCUGUGUGUAAAUGAACAUGAAUCAGGGUGUCUAUCUGAUGUGAUUUCUUAUCUCCCUCCUCCACAUAAUCCUCUGCCGACCAUUCCCUUCUGUGCCCUUGUCUGCUCUCCCUCCCCCAGGUAGAGGCUAUGAAAGAGGAGAGGGGCAACCUCUGGUCCCAGUGUGAGACGCUGCAGCUGGACGUGGUGGAGCUUAGGAGGGAGAAACAAGAGUGGGAGAGAGAGAAACAAGAGAGAGAGAAAGAGGAGCGAGAAGCAGCUCAGGCUGCCCAGACAGAGAGGGGAGACAUAGCGGUCACUAGUGCUGCUAAUGGCUCGACCUCGGAGGCGCCCCAAACGUGAGGAUAAGAUUUUCACUUUUGUUUCCUUCAGUAUUCCUGUAUGGUCAUCAAAUCAUCGGUGCCUUCAGAAAGUAUUCAUACCCCUUGACUUAUUCCACAUCUUGUUGUGUUACAGCCUGAAUUCAAAAUUGAUUAAAUAUAUUUUUUUCUCUCACCCACCUACACACAAUACCCUAUAAUGACGAAGUGAAAACAUGUUUUUAGACAUUUUUGCACAAUUAUUUAAAUGAAAUACAGAAAUCUCAUUUACAUAAGUAUUCACACCCAAGUCAAUAAAUGUUAGAAUCAUCUUUUGCAUGAUUACAGCUGUGAGUCUUUCUGGGUAAGUCUCUAAGAGCUUUGCACACCUGGAUUGUACAAUAUUUGCACAUUAUUCUUUUGAAAAUCUUCAAGCUCUGUCAAGUUGGUUGUUGAUCAUUGCUAGACAGCCUUUUUCAAGUCUUGCCAUAGAUUUUCAAGCCAAUUUAAGUUUAUUGCCCUGCUGAAAGGUUAAUUUGUCUCCCAAGUGUCUGUUGGAAUGCAGACUGAACCAGGUUUUCUUCUAGGAUUUUGCGUGUGCUUAGCUCUAUUAUGUUUUGUUUUAUCCUAAAAAACUCCUGAAUUCUUGCAGAGGACAAGCAUACCCAUAACAUGAUGCAGCCACCAGCAUGCUUGAAAAUAUGAAGAGUGGUACUCAGUGAUGUGUUUGUGUUGGAUUUGCCCCAAUCAUAACAUUUUAUAUUCAGGACAUAAACUGCCUUAUUUGCGAACAGGAUGCAUGUUUUAGAAUAUUUUUAUUCUGUACAGGCUUCCUUCUCUCCACUCUGUCAAUUAGGUUAGUAUUGUAGAGUAACUACAAUGUUGAUCAAUCCUCAGUUUUCUCUUAUCACAGCCAUUAAACUCGAACUAUUUGAAAGUCACCAUUGGCCUCAUGGUGAAAUCCCUGAGCGGUUUCCUUCCUCUCCGGCAACUGAGUGUAUUGAUACACCAUCCAAAGUGUAACUUAAAACUUCACCAUGCUCAAAGGGAUAUUCAAUGUCAUUUUUUAUAAUUUGUUUUUACACCCAUCUACCAAUAGGUGCCCUUCUUUGCGAGGCAUUGGAAAACCUCCCUGGUCUUUGUGGUUGAAUCUGUGUUUGAAAUUCACUGCUCGACUGAGGGACCUUACAGAUGAUUAUAUCUGUGGGGUACAGAGAUGAGGUAGUCAUAAAAAUAAAAAAAAUCUAUGCAACUUAUUAUCUGACUUGUUAAGCACAUUUUUACUCCAGAACCUAUUUAGGCAAACCAUAACAAAGGGGUUGAAUACUUAUUGAUUCAAGACAUUUCAGCUUUUCAUUUUUUAUGAAUUUGUAAAAUUGUCUAAAAACAUAAUUCCACUUUGACAUUAUGGGGUAUUGUGUGUAGGCCAGUGACAGUCUCAAUUUAAUCAAUUUUAAAUUCAUACUGUAACACAACAAAAUGUGGAAAAAGUCAAGGGGUGUGAAUACUUUCUGAAUGGCACUGUACAUGUUGAUCACCAUUUUUCUGUUUCUGUCUCUCUCUCUCAGACUGAGGGAGCUUCGGAGGAGCAUUGGUCGUCUCCUCGUCACGUUUGUCCCAGCGUUGGACCUCGAACAAGUCAACUACGACUGUCCAGUCAUCGACGAGAUCCUCGACCAGGUUCUUACUGAUGUGGAGACAUUGGGGCCUGCGUAG